GAAAGACAGAAAAAAAAAGGCUCUUUAUUGUUAUUUUUGCAAAGCGUUCAAGGUUUCUCUGAAUUUUCAGCCGUUCCAGUAACUUAUUAUGGGUUGUCUUUCCGGUCGAUCGAUUGAUUCCUGUGCGGGGACGGGGCGCUUGCAGCCUCAGCUGGACACUUGCCGGGGAGUUUGAUUGGUCACUUGGCUAUCACCGCUCCCAACUUCCAAGACAACUGUGAGGUUGCCUAGAGCUUACUCCGUAUAAUAUUCAGGGACGCCUCACCACUUGCUCCCUGUCACUUAACCAGGAUUGUCCAAUAUGGGGCCUCUUCAUUUGACAUACGCUGAGCGCAUGAAAAAUCACCCUUUUGGAUUUGCAUUGUACAAACCAACCUCAAAUACGAUCUUGAAACCUGGCUCCGUGGGGUAUUUUGACGGUUCAGGAUUCUGGAAUCCAAUCACCGACUUGACCAACAAGGAUGCUCUAAAGCGUCGCAACCUCAAAGAGCCCGGUGAACUCUCCCGGGCACCACGAGAAGAGAUCAAGGGAUGGGGACCGAAGGUCUCCACAAAAGUAAAUUCUUACACUGGUGAUUUCUCCGGUGGCGUCGAUGGAGCUUUGACACUUUUGCCGGCCCAAGCAAGUGUACAGUUAAAGUAUAAAAUGACAUCUGAUUUCGGCGCAGUUCUGGUCACCGCAGCCCCGAUAAUUCACGAAGCAUUUUACUAUGAAUCGCCUUUUCGCAAUUGGGUUAAGGAAAAUGGCCGGGCCCUGCUGCAUGGUCCACUUGCAGAGGAAAUCAAGUCACACGGCAUAUUUGUCGUCACGCAGACUUAUGCCACGGCUAGAUGUUCCCUGACCGCUUGGCAAAACCCGUCAAAUGAAGUCUUUCUAGGUUUCGACAUUGGUAUGACGGGCAUCGGCGAGCUGGGGCCACAUGCAGGCUGGUAUGAGGGAAGGAGCGAUUCAGGAUGGAACCAUUUUGAAGGCAAGGUGAGUGACAUAGGUUGGCCCAACUCAACGGGUUCAUUGUUAACGUGUCCACUCAUUCCAGGGGGAUGAGUUAAAAGUUGUCUUUGCCUCUGGCUUAUGGUUCAAUAAGAGAAUUGGCUCGAACUCCCGUCUAGAUCUAGCGGUAAAGCCGCGA